AUGAGGACCCAGAAGGUGCCAGCUACUCUGCUGCUGUUGCUCUUUGCAAUAGAAGCCCUUGACGCCAACAGAAGAAAACAAAAAGAGAAGAUCAUGCCAACCAUCAUCAACAUAUGUGACAUAAACGACCGAGACUCCAAAGUACACUGCUACUGCGAGCUCAGUCAAGAAAUCAACGAAGCAGUCAAAACUGAAUGCUGGGUCUUCAACGGAGGCAUUGAAAAAACUGACCCUUUAUGGACAAGCUUCACCUCUCAGUCCAACAUAGAAACAUUAGCUUUCAAUGUAAGAGCAGACGGCGGACUAGAUUUCGUCCCCUCAAAAGUAUUCAGAUACACAAGAAAGCUGAAAAACUUUAGCAUAAAAUUCAGCUCUAUACCAAAAAUAGACAGUUACACGUUUGCGAAUCUAACAGCAAUACAAGAAAUGACGCUAACAAAGAAUCAAAUAAUAUAUUUAAGUAAACACUCGUUUUAUAACCUACCUAAUCUAACAGUUCUCACCUUAGACGAGAAUAGAAUAAAAGAACUAGUGACAGAGACAUUUUUAGAUCUUCCAGCUUUACAGAAACUGUACCUUACUAGUAAUAAUAUAACUGUAAUACAAGACGGAGCAUUCAGGAGUCUUGUGAACUUGCUAGAGCUAGAGUUGGAUAGGAAUAAUAUAAGCGAGCUAAGGAAAGAAUGUUUCGAUGGACUCGCCAAUCUCAAACGGUUAGAUUUGAGGAGGAAUAAAAUUGCAACAUUGAAUUCCUUCACGUUCAUCGAGCUUUGGAACCUGCAUUCUUUGUUGCUGGACUACAAUGAAAUUAAUAUGUUGGCGCAAAGGACGUUCGACGGAUUGUCGCAACUGAGAAAGUUGAGUCUAAGUCACAACAAGCUGGUAACUUUGACCGGUGGGCUAUUCGAAGGGGUGAGGGGUCUAGCCGCCUUAGAUCUUAGGCAUAAUAAACUAAGAAGAUUCACUUACGACAACAUUCGACCCGUCUACGAUAAUCUCAAGAACCAAAAUAGCUACAUCUAUUUAGAUGGGAAUGAAUUCACCUGCGACUGUCACCUGGCGUGGAUGCAUAAGCUUCGGCACGAAGCUAAGAGCGUCAAAGUACGGACGUCUCUCGAAAAUUUCGUCUGCAAAUUCACCAUCGAUCCAGUGCUGAAUUCACACUUCAGCUACUAUGAACGUAGCGUGAUAAACUCAAACAAUUUGUACGAAACUGACGACAAGAGUCAAACAAAAGAUUACUCGGAUAAUUCUGACGAUAUAUUUCAUGACGAAAUAGAUGAUGCUUACGCAGACGAACCGAAAUUGGCAAGGAAGGAAAACGAGAAAACUCUCCUUCAAAUCCCCGUUGAGUUGCUGCCGUGUCCUCAAGACGUCAAAACUGUUACAGAUAGAACCUACACUUAUCCUUCUCAAAACGAAGCAAAGGAUUACAGAAAUCUCAUCCAAUCGUCGACGUCAGCCGCAAACGAUAUUAGCCUUUCUGUUUUCCUGUUUACCAUUUCGUUUCUCCUAAGAUAUUAAUGGGCCACUCAAUAUAAAA